AUGUCGGAUACCAAGCUUCCAGUGUUGUUUCUGAUUGCUGGAGCGUGGCAUGGACGCUGGAUGUUUGAUUCCGUUAAUAUCACAUUAACAGAAGCCGGAUACACGACGUCUAUCAUCGAAUUACCAUCGACGGGUGCACGGCACGGGUUACCGCAAGGUGAAAGGGAUGAUGCGGAGUAUAUUCGGUGUCAGAUUUUAAAAGAAAUCGACAGUGGUGGGGAUGUAGCGAUCGUAUGCCACUCGUAUGCGGGGGUGCCGACAUGUGAUGCUGUCAAGGGCUUAGGAAUCGGCGAACGCAAACAGAACCAACAAGCGGGCGGAGUUUGCAGCUUGAUUUUUGUGGCUGCGUUUGUUCUCUGGAGCGGGACGAGUGUAAAUGAACUGAAUGACAAGCACCAGCAAGGGGAAUUUCAUUACAAGGAGGGAUUGAUUUGGCCAGCUCGGCCUGAAGAUUUAUUCUACAACGACUUGCCCAGCGGUUUCGCCGUCGAACUGUCUCGCUUGCUGCAGCCUCAUUCAGCUGGAGCGUUUACUAGCCCUCUUGAUCACGAAGCCUAUCGAUUUAUACCCUCCUCUUACCUCAUCUGCACCGAAGACAACGCGAUUCCAUUGGCGGCCCAAGAGGAAAUGCUGGCAGACAAGCAGGCAGAUUUCUUGCUCGUGGAACGAAUUGCCUCAGGUCAUUUACCUUUUAUCAGUCGCCCACAAGAAACGGUUGACUUCAUAACAAAAUCCUUGGCCCUCGUUCGGACCAAACAUACACCCAUCCACCCAGGAAUCUCCCUAUGA